GUAUGGAGUCUCUCAAGCAGAAAGAAUGGUGGGGGUCUCAUGUUUCCUGGGGAACAGGAUCUGCUUGGGGCGAUGAAGAAACAUAUCUGAUGGGGGUGUUUUCUGGUAACUAUGAUCAUUAGGUUGGGGCCCCGUGGUUCACAUGAGAUCAUUUUAAUACUCGCGCCAUUUUUGUAGUAGAUGAGGAUUUCCUGGGCGUGAUCUAUGGGGGUCUCUCAAGCAAAAAGAAAGAAUGGUGGGGUGCUGUCUCGGGUGUGUGAAAUAUAUAAUAUCAAUAGGGUGUCUCGUUUUCCCACGGGAGAAGACAAUGUGCUUGUAGUUUUAAAAAACAUAUCUCAUGGGGGUGUUUUUUAGGUAACUAUAAUCAAUAGCGGGGGCCUCAUGGCUCCCGUGUCAAUAGCGGGGGCCCAUGGUUCACAUGAGAUCAUUUUAAUACCAUUUUUAUAGUAGAUGGGGGUUUCUUUGGACUGAUCCGUGGCGGGGUCUUUUUUAGCUAGCUCUAAUCAAUACUAGGGGCCUCAUGGUUUGUAUAAAAAAGACAAUGUGAUUGAGGCUUUAAAAAACAUAUCUGGCACUUAAACAUUCCUCCCCUAUUGUAUAAAAUGGUAUAAAAGGCAGGUGUCGACGGUAGGUUUCCAGAUCACUCGCAAAAAUCAGCGAACAACGUCAAGACAGAGAGUUUGAACACAGAGCCUGGAGACGACUACAAGACAUCGGACAUUGACAUGGGCUGUUGCAUGUACGAGAGCUGCAUCUUCACCAAUUGAAGUGAUCGAUCUGACUUCACCGCCACCAGUGGCCCUAGUGUCACCGGUCCAAAACCCAAUGCAGGGAUUUAAUGUGGACUUUAUAACGCCUCAAAACCAGGCACAAGGAUUUGCAGAGGGCGAUCGCUCUACGAUAGACGGGGGAGUUUGGGGACAGACUUCGGGAUUCGUGGAAAACACUUUAACACCGCCGGUCCAAAACCCACUGCAUUUUAUUGUGGGGUUUACAAGUCCAAACUCAAGUCACGGGAUUGCGCCACUGACCCCCUCAACGCUGGAUGUGACAGAGGGAGAAAACGACACAGAAUUCGAGGAAAACACAGCAGAGUCCGAUGUGGGACAAGAAACGGGACAGGAGGAGACAUCUGACGCUGGAGUCUACAACCAGGAAAGAUUUCAUUAUUUUCCAGAUAGUGAAAGUGAAUAUGUUGACAUGCAAGCUCUAAAUCAGAGGGAUAUAGUCUCAGACAAUGAUGGAAUUGAAACAGUGGAUUUCAACACCUCUGUGCUAAUUGUCGAACAAGUGUUCAGAAGAUACAUGUAUGAUAUAGCAUGUUUAAAUCGCCGCAUGAUUGAGAAUAUAUAUAAUCAACUUAGACAGAACGUUAGACGCAGGCAUUCUGUCAAUUCAUAUUCAGCUAACGCUAGACGUGCCACUCGUGAACAAAGAACACUGCCACAAAGAGUCCAUCGCAGGUUGCAAUUUGAAGACUAAUUUUUGAUCGGGUGAUAAAGACAAAUGGCUGAACCAGAUCACAACAAUUCCCCUGAAAUUAGAGAGCAUCUCCUCCACUUGAUCUCUGAGAUAAACCGAGAAAGAUCCGAAGGCGGGGCUAAUCAGGGUUCUCCCCGAAACAGUCCAAUUCUGCCUCAGCAUGAUUCACCUGAAAGAGGGGGAGAAGUUUUUCUUCCAUCCCCUGAUGAGCUAAUUUCCUUGCUCCAAAUGUACAGAUACCCCUCCCCCGUUCCGCAUAGCAGUGCGGAAUCAGAUCACAACAAUUCCCCUGAAAUUAGAGAGCAUCUUCUCCAGUUGAUCUCAGAGAUCAACUGUCAAAGAUCUGAAGGCCGGGCUAAUCAGCCUUCUCCCCAAAAUAGCCCAAUUCAGGCUCGGCAUGAUUCACCUGAAAGAGGGGGAGAAGUUUUUCUUCCAUCCCCUGAUGAGCUAAUUUCCUUACCCCAAAUGUACAGAUACCCCUCCCCCGUUCCUUCGCCCGUAUCGCAAAGCAAUGUUGACUCAGGACCUUGGUCUCCAUCAGACAGUCAGUGUUGUGAUGCACUCAACAGUCAAAUAGAUGACCCGUGGUCUCCAUCAGACAGUCAGUGUUGUGAUGCACUCAACAGUCAAAUAGAUGACCCGUGGUCUCCAUCAGACAGUCAGUGUUGUGAUGCACUCAACAUUCUGGAAAGAGGCCAUCAGGUGGGGGGUGGGGGCGAGGGUGAACAGACAGAGAGCGUCAUCAAUCAGAGUAAUGAGGGUCAAUCCACAUCUAUGGGGAUAAACAACACAAAUAGUGCGGCUGUUAAUGUUCCAGCACCUUGCACUAGUGAUGACAUGCAUGUCACAAACCGUGAAAGAUUUAAUAAUGUUGAGAUUCGCUCUUUCCUUCGCUUUCCACCACCAUCUGCAAUUCCCAAUUUUCGUGAAUUUUAUUUGAAUGUCACAAAUGGUUUUCGCGAUAGGAUUUCAAGCAUGAUUCACAGAGCUGAUGUCCAGCCAAAUGACGUUAUCCAAGUUAAUCUGCGUGCUGAUCGUUUGCAAGACGAUGUCUCAAUGAGCGUGCGUUAUGGAGAGGGGACAGUGUCACAAUUACAGGAACUUUUAGACAGAUUAGUCCAGAGUAAUAUGUCUGUUUUCACCGAUGGAUCGCUUGAGCUAAUUGUCAAUUUUGUGAAGGCUCCGCGGGGAGGGGGUAAGAGACGAAUUGAAUCAUGUCUUGCGAGCGAAAUUGUGAAGAAAAAAGCACGACAUUUAUUUGUACUCCCCAAUCCCGAUCAAACAUGUUUUGCUGUAAAUCUGGCAUUACUGACAAAUCCGAAGUUGACGAUGAUGGAAGCCAUAAAGGCAGGCUGGGACAUCCAUACCAGAGCAGGUCUGACUGCUGAUACAAUGGUCACAUUCGAUGAUGUUGUCAAAUUUGAGGAGCUGUUAGCGUGUAAAAUUGUUAUCUUUUACCAAACGUCUGACAGAGAAAAAAACAACAACCUGGUUACAUUUCAAACAGGAACACCCGAACGAGACACAAUACGCUAUCUGCUUUUACACAAUAAUCAUUUUUACGGGAUAAAUAAUAUUAAGGGAUUUCUAGGUGUGAAGUUUUUCUGUAAACAUUGUCACACAGGGUAUCAGUGUCAAUAUAAGCAUUUCUGUGAAAAAAGCUGCAACAUCUGUUGCACAGAUUGUAAACAGGGUCCAAUUCAAAAAACCUACUGUGCUGAUUGCAAUCGAUUCUGUACAAAUAGACAAUGCUACGAACGACAUCGCGAGAAAAAAUGGCAUCCGAAAAUCAAAAAGAUGGCCAGCAUGUGUCAGACCAAUAAAACAUGUCCUAGAUGUAAAUCAUUGUACUACACAUCUAUCAGAGAUCCUAAAGAGCAUACUUGUGCUAUCAAGAUGUGCACAAUUUGUAAACAACCUAAAACAACAUUGUCGUCUCGUAACAAUGAGUUAGAGCAGACAUCAGCUAAUAACUCUAUGAUUGAAAGCGGCGAAGAUAAACAUGUCUGUUACAUGCGUACAAAACCAAUCAAAUCUGAAAAAGAAAUACAUGAAAAAAAGAUUGUAUUUUUUGAUUUUGAGACUUCUCAAACCACUGGAACCCAUCUUCCGGUGCUUGUGGUGGCUCAGUCACUUAAUGGUGAGCGCCGUGUCUGGAAGGGGCAUUCAUGCGCUUUAAAAUUUCUUCUCCAUUUCCGACAGAAAAAACAUAAACAGACAACUUUCAUUUCCCAUUUUGGCAAAGGUUUUGAUCAUCAUAUCAUCUUGAAUGCUUAUGUAACUCAAGGUUUGUCACCGUCUGUGAUAGCACAAGGGAGUAAAAUAAUCCUGAUCCUGGAUAAUGACUUUCAACUUAAAUUUAUUGACUCGUUCUCAUUUAUUCCUAUCCCACUCAGAGACUUUUCCAAGGCGUUGGGAUGUAAGACACAGCUUAAAAAAGGCUACUUCCCACACAGAUUUACCGAUCUUUCAAAAAAUGGCUAUAGAGGAAGCUAUCCACCGGCCGAGAUGUACUCACCUGACGAAAUGAGUCCAAAACAAAGAGAGGAUUUCCUUAACUGGUAUCAGACUGUCAAAGAUCAAGAGUUUGACUAUGAUGCAGAGUUAGUAUCUUACUGUGAAAACGAUGUUGAAAUCUUAGCCGAGGGUGCAAGCAAUUUCCGUAAUGAAUUCAUAAAAACAACCGACUGUGAUCCUUUUGACAGUGUGACCAUUGCUUCAGCAGCUUUGAAUGUCUUUCAAACAAAAUUUUUAAAACCCAAUACAAUCGCGAUUCCCUGUCCUAACAAUUACAAAACAAACAGCAAGGCUUUCUCACAUGCGUCUAUACAGUGGCUUGAGUAUGAGGCCUUCUCACGGGGGAUUUCAAUAAGACAUGCUUUGAACGGAGGUGAAGUUAAAUUUGGGCGUUAUUCAGUUGAUGGAUAUGGAGAGUUAAAUGGAGGGAAAGUUGUCUUUGAAUUUCUAGGCUGUUAUUUUCAUGGCUGUCCAAAGUGUUAUAUGGGAAGUGAUGUUUCUCCAUUGUCAAAGACUUGUUUUAGUGAGGUGUACUCUGAGACUUUGAAAAGGCUGGAUCGAUUACAAAACGAUUACAAGGUGCAAACUGUGGUGAUCAAGUGGGAACACGAAUGGAGUGUACAGAAAAAAACAGACCCGAAUGUUAAAUCUUUCUUAGAGAGGUUUCAAGAACCAAUUCCGUUAGAUCCCAGAGCAGCCUUAUAUGGAGGCCGUACGGCUGCUAUCCGUCUCCGCCAUGUUGUCAGCCCAGGUGAGCGUGUAAAUUACGUUGAUUUCACAUCGUUGUAUCCGUUUGUAAAUGCACAUUUUCACUACCCAUUAGGGCAUCCGAAAAUAAUUCGAAAGGAUUUUGACAGCAUUGAAAAUUACUUUGGAUUAAUACAUGCUAAAGUUUACCCUCCACGUCAACUGUUUUUCCCUGUACUGCCUAUUAGAAACGACAAAGGGAAAUUAAUUUUCACACUGUGUCGAUUAUGUGCACUCGUGAACAAUCAAACUACUGACUGUACACACAAUGAUGAAGAACGGGCCCUCCAAGGGGUGUGGGUAACGAUAGAAGUAAUCGAGGCAGUGCGAAAGGGGUAUUUUCUGGCUGAAAUUUACGAAAUAUGGAACUUCGAAGAGAAAUCAGAUGUGCUGUUUAAAGACUAUAUCUACACUUUCCUUAAACAGAAGCAAGAGGCGUCGGGCUACCCUAGCGGAGUUGAAACUCUUCAGACUAAACAGGGUUACAUCCGUGACUAUAAAGAGAAGCAAGGUAUCGAUCUCGAUCCGGAGAAAAUUGUCUACAACCCCGCAAAAAGACAGAUUGCCAAACUACUGCUAAAUUCUCUCUGGGGAAAACUAGCACAAAGAUCAAACCAGCUCUCAACCAGUCUGGUGAGCACACCGCAACGCUUUUUUGAAUUUCUCUUUUCUAGCAAGUACGACAUUUCACAGUUUCACUUCAUAAAUGACGAUAUUGCACUUGUUCAAUGGCGCCAUAAUUCUAGGUGUGUCUUACCCCCAGGCGACGCAAAUAUUUUUCUAGCGGCGUUCACAACUUCUUAUGCACGACUUGAACUUUACAAGCAAUUAGAUUUGCUCCAAGAUCGUGUUCUGUACUGUGACACUGAUUCUAUCGUUUACACAAGCAGCCCCUCUGAUCAAUAUAACCCUCCACUCGGUAAUUAUCUCGGAGAUUUGACAUCAGAAUUAGAUCAUGGAGACUACAUAUGCAAUUGGAGCGCUGCGGGUCCCAAAUCGUAUGCCUAUCUCACACAACAGGGUAAGGUGACUUUACGUGCUAAAGGGAUUACACAAAAUUAUGAAAACUGUAAAAAAAUUAACUUUGACAGCCUCACAGAUCUGGUAGAGGGAUAUCUCAGAGAGCCGGACAAUCGGCGUGAAAUCUCUACACAUUACAAUAAAAUUACUCGCAAUAUGAAAGCCUUUGAACUCACUAAUAAACAACGCAUAAUCAACUUCGCAGUUGUCUAUGAUAAAAGACGACUCCUUGCAGAUGGAAAAACAUUACCAUUUGGUUAUUAGUUCCAGGAUGAAACGGCAGCAAUUUCUGAAAAGGACUGUGUAGAUUUAUGACGGUUUGACCUGAUGACUUUUCUACCCAGACCUUUUUAGAAUUAUAUCAUUGUUUUGUAAUUCUAUUCUGUUUUUUAUAUUUUUUAUCAUGUAUUCUGUGUUUUUCUUGAAGAUGUAUUCUGUAUUUUUAGUCAUGAUGUAAUCUGUAGUAAAUCAUAUAUGCACAUAUGCUAUAUCAAUAAACCCUUCUUCAUUUGUUUGUGUUUACAUCUUGAUGUCUGUGAAUAAAAUCAGUGUUCUGGUUAUUUAGGUUGCCAGUUUACAGAAACAGCAGAUGCGUAACAUGGAAGAAGUAUAUUUUGAUCCUCGUUUCAAACUUCCAUUCACCGCUCUCCUUGUAGGGGCAAGUGGAAGUGGGAAGUCGUUCUUUGUGAAACAUGUACUCCAAAAUAUGAAGGAUACUUUUUCCAGAGUUCCCGAUCGAAUCAUCUGGAGCUAUUCAUCCUACCAACCCAUGUAUGAUGAAUUGGCUAGAGAUGUAAAGAUUAAAUUUAUUGAAGGAAUCCCUGACUCUUUGACGGAUGAAAAUAUUUUUCCAUCAAAUCAGCACAGUCUUUUAGUUGUCGAUGAUUGCAUGGACGUUGGGGCGAAUCAUGAUGAAUUAAUGAAGGCAUUUACAAUGUAUAGACAUCAUCGAAAAUUAUCUGUAAUCUUUCUAGUUCAAAACUUGUUUCAUCAAGGAAAACAUAGCAGAACUAUUAGUUUAAACACUAAUUAUAUGGUCCUUUUCAAAUCGCCUCGUGAUAAACUGCAGAUUAGAAUUCUGGCUCAGCAAAUGUUCCCCGGACGAAGAGAAUAUUUUCUUCAGAGUUUUAAUGACGCGACUAAAGACCCCUACUCAUAUUUAAUCGUGGACUUAAGACCCGACUGUCCAGAACAUUUCCGACUGAGAAGCGGCAUACUUCCACACGAGUGGCCUGUAGUGUAUCAGUAUAAAAAGUGAUUUAAACCAUGUCAAAGCGGAUUAAAAGAAACCUCCCCAUUUUAAAAGCCCUGCUCAGUCUAAAACCAAAAGAGAGACAGAGCCUUCUUAGCCAUGCAUCGAAAGAUCUCGUCCUGGCAGUCUGUGAGAUAGCUUUGAAUGUUUUGAAGGGGAACAUCCCACUAUCCUCCGAGCAGUACAGUAGGUUAAAAAAGCAGAAAAAAAUCAUCAAACUCUUUGCUAACCGUAAAACUGCCAUAAAACAUAAGCGUAAGGUGUUGACACAGUCCGGUGGUUUCCUUGGGGCGUUAUUAGGAGCAGCAAUCCCACUCCUAACCAGUUUGUUUACCGGUGGGAGAUAGACACAGACCAUCGUCAUGGCGUCAUUUAGUAAAAUGUACAUGAUUUCCCCCCAUCAACUAGAGACUUUAACCCAGAAGAAGACGCAUGCAGAAAACAUCAGCGAGAAAGCUCAGCAUGUUUUGGAAGAGAAAAUGGAACGUCUGUUAAAACAACCUGGACCGGCAUACAGCAAGUCACUACAUUAUAACGAUCUACUUGAAAAAUAUCUGGCCUUACUCAGAAAGGAGGAGAGUCGCAGUCGUGAAAUACUUUUGAAACUACCUACUACACCCACAGAGAAAGGAGGUGAAGAUGUAGGUGACUAUGUCAAGGUUGAAGAGGAAGAACGUCCUGACAACAUUGAAAAAGAGAUUUUAGACAACAUAGGAUCACGCAAUCGGAAAAAUGCGGCAUAUAUUCUACAGAAGCUUCGUAAUUCAGACCUUCUAAGAUGGAACCGUUCAGGCGAGAUAAUUGUGCAGGACAACCUCAUUAAAGGGUCUCAUAUUUUCGAUUUAAUGAAAACUCUGACAAACCGUCGAUUCCACGGACGGACCGUACCUCGCGGAUGGGAUACAUUUUUAAAAACAAUUUCUGAAUUAAAUAUUCCAAUCACAACUGUUAUGAACACUCACGCACGCGAGCAAUUACGACUUAAACCCUCCAAUACCACGAGUGAACCUCGCCCUCAGAUACGUCGGAGUAAGAGAAAACGCGGGGGGAAAAAAUCUGGGGCGGCAUCACCGUUAGACAGAGAUUAUGACAGUCCGAAUCUCGUUCAUCAACUGUAUACACCUACAGCGUCUGAAUGGCGAUUGUCUACACCGAUCCCCUCCAACUGGUUAGAUUUCACUCGAUACAAAUGAAUUCAUGCAGACUGUAUGUUUUUUUUUUUACCAAUAAAAAUUUAUUGGGAAUUAUACAUCGGAGUAAGAGCAUUUAUUCAGAACAGAUAUAACACUCAUUAAAUAGUUUUAAAGAGCAUGCUUUCUGAUUACAGGUUUUAGCGGUCUUCACAUGUGAAAUACAUUUAACAUUUUUCUUGACAAACUUGGUGACAAGAGCAUCAUUCUUUUUUAAAUUAUCAGAAUACAGCCUCAUUACUUCUUGAAAAGAGAGUCCUUUAAAGCGUUGACAGAGGAAAAAAAUAACAUGGGCGCCACAAGUCGAAGAGUUGUCAUCUUGUACUUGGAGUUUGUUGUAGCGUAUUUCAUGAGAAUUUCUAGUGAGGAAAGUUAUAAAACUUUCAGGAUAAAAUAUAAAAUCCGGUUCGUGGCCAUAGCUGUCGAAGAAGCAUGAUUUGUCUUGUUCAGCUUCAAUAAUCAUCCCCACCCAGUGUUCACCCUCACGGGUUUGGUCAUGGGUGUUAACGACGAGAUAGCACGGUCGUUUAUCAAUCUUAGUUGGCAGUAAAUCACUAGGCCAAACCCCUCCAAACGUCUCGCCCAAGAUCGGUCUCAGGAUAGAAUCUAUUUGAUGGUUGUUCAUUUCUCCAGUUUUAGUAGUCGAUCAGAACCUGACGCUUCGAGUUUAUCUCUAUGACACUGUCGUAACAAGCGUACACAAUCAAUGUCAUAGUUCUCGGUAACGCCAUUCUGAAUCUUAAAUCCAAACGGCAUGUUCCAUGUAGCGCAGGAGAGAGAGCUUCAGCGUCCAUUUCAUCGUCUCUUGACAGAUUGAACAGAAACAGUGAGUAACCAUUUUCAAAGUUUUCGCGGUCAAUACUCAGGGGAGCGUCUCUGAGGUGUCUGUUUGUUCCCAGAUAGAGAUUGUAAAAUUCGCGAACACUCUGAUGUGUAUUAAAGUUGGGUUGGUAAGGUUUCGCCGGGAUAAAGCGUGAAUUUACACUGAGAGAGAGGUAUUCAAGAUUUGCAUGUUGGAACUUAAAUGGGUUCAGCUCCCUUGCUCCGACAAAUGCUCUGUGGUCGACAAUUCCGACGACUAUAUAUUUUGGAAGUCUACCCAGAUACAAGUUGUCCUGUGAACAUA